AAGUUGCAGAGCGUGGUGUGCAUUGUUCCUGGUGGAUUGUAGAUCUUGAGACGAAGUGGAAAUCAACAUCACCGAUCACAACAAAACAUUCAAUAUUUGUGAUAUUAAACAGGGCUUAUUGCCAGUGUUGUGCUGCUACAUCUUAGAACCAUCUUGCCAAAAUGUCCGGAUUUGAUGACCCAGGAAUUUUCUUUAGUGAUAGUUUCGGUGGUGCCGAAUCAAUCGGAGACGAUGGGUCUGUGAAAAGGAGUCAUCUGAAGAAAAGAUUUCGCGAAUUUUUAAGACAGUUUCGUGUUGGUACGGAUCGCACUGGAUUCACAUACAAAUACAGAGAUGAGUUGAAGAGACACUACACUUUGGGGGAGUACUGGAUCGAGGUUGAAAUGGAGGAUUUGGCCAGCUUCGACGAAGACCUCUCCGACUCCCUCUACAAGUUGCCCUCGGAGAACCUGCCCCUGUUGGAGGAGGCCGCCAAAGAAGUGGCGGAUGAGGUGACUCGUCCCCGGCCUGCGGAGGAUGAGACUGUGCAAGACAUCCAGGUCAUGCUGAAGAGCGAUGCCCAUCCGGCCAACAUCCGCAGCAUGAAGUCUGAGCAGGUGUCUCGCCUGGUGAAGAUCCCCGGCAUCAUCAUCGCCUCCACAGCCGUGCGUGCCAAGGCCACCCGUGUGUGUCUGCAGUGCCGUGGCUGCCGUGCCGUCAUCAGCAACAUCCCCAUCCCACCGGGCCUGCAGGGCUACGCUCUGCCCCGCAAGUGCAACACUGAUCAGGCUGGCCGUGUGAAGUGUCCGGUGGACCCCUACUUCAUCAUCCCGGACAAAUGCGUGUGUGUGGACUUCCAGACGCUCCGACUGCAAGAGUCGCCGGAUGCCGUUCCCCACGGAGAGAUGCCCAGACACAUCCAGCUCUACUGCGACAGGUAUCUGUGUGACCGCGUGGUGCCAGGCAACAGGGUGACCAUCAUGGGCAUCUACUCCAUCAAGAAGGUGGCGGCCGCCAAGGGCAAGGGGCAGUCCAAGGCGGCCACCAUUGGCAUCCGCUCCUCCUACAUGCGGGUAGUGGGCAUCCAAGUGGACACCGAGGGAGCAGGUCGUGGGGUCACAGCCUCCGUGUCUCCUCAGGAGGAAGAGGAUCUGCGCUCUCUGGCUGGCUCUGCUGACAUCUACUCCUCCCUCGCACGCUCCAUCGCUCCCUCCAUCUACGGCAGUGAGGACAUGAAGAAGGCCAUCGCUUGCCUGCUGUUCGGCGGAUCCAGGAAGAGACUUCCAGAUGGACUAACACGCAGAGGUGACAUCAACCUGCUGAUGCUGGGAGAUCCAGGAACGGCCAAGUCUCAGCUGCUGAAGUUCGUGGAGAGGUGCUCUCCCAUCGGGGUGUACACGUCGGGGAAGGGCAGCAGUGCGGCCGGUCUGACGGCCUCUGUCCUGCGGGACCCCAACACUCGCGGCUUCAUCAUGGAGGGAGGGGCCAUGGUGCUGGCAGACGGUGGCGUUGUGUGCAUUGACGAGUUUGACAAGAUGAGAGAAGAUGACAGAGUGGCCAUCCACGAGGCUAUGGAGCAGCAGACCAUCUCUAUUGCCAAGGCUGGCAUCACCACCACCCUCAACUCGCGCUGCUCUGUGUUGGCGGCUGCUAACUCUGUGUUCGGGCGUUGGGACGACACCAAGGGCGAGGACAACAUCGACUUCAUGCCCACCAUCCUGUCCCGUUUCGACAUGAUCUUCAUCGUCAAGGACCAUCACGACCAGGAGAGAGACAUGACGCUGGCUCGCCACGUGAUGAACGUCCACUUGAGUGCCCAGACCCAGACGGAGGGGGUGGAGGGGGAGAUCUCCCUGGCCAAGCUCAAGAAGUACAUCGGCUACGCCAGAGCGAAGUGUGGUCCGCGUCUGUCGGCAGCGGCGGCUGAGAAGCUGAAGAACCGCUACGUGGUGAUGAGGAGUGGGGCCAGAGAGCACGAGCGGGAGAGCGACAAGAGGGCAUCCAUCCCCAUCACCGUCAGGCAGCUGGAGGCGGUGGUACGUAUCGCUGAGUCGCUGGCCAAGAUGAAGCUGCAGGCCGUGGCUGGAGAGCAGGAGGUGGACGAGGCCCUCCGACUCUUCCAGGUCUCCACCCUGGAUGCCGCCAUGUCCGGCAGCCUGUCAGGUGUGGAGGGCUUCACGUCUCAGGAGGAUCAGGAGAUGCUGUCCCGCAUUGAGAAGCAGCUGAAGAGGCGCUUUGCCAUCGGCUCCCAGGUGUCGGAACACAGCAUCGUCCAGGACUUCACCAAACAGAAGUACCCAGAGCACGCCAUCUUCAAGGUGCUGAUGCUGAUGCUGAGGAGAGGAGAGCUGCAGCAUCGUAUGCAGAGGAAGGUGCUCUACAGGAUCAAGUAGAGACGGCACGCCGCAAUCUACUGCCUCUGGUCAUCAACAUCCGCCAUACUGAGGCAGACGGAUGACAACUCUUCUGGGUUUUUGUUAAUCCAUGAUUUGAGGAAGUACGUGGAGUCAUGUGUUGCCUCAUAUCAACUUGUAAAUAGAAAGAAAUAAGUACUUGAUUGUGUUCCACUCCUUGUUAACUGAAUACGGAUCAAAAUUCUGAAAGAUGUGUUGACUCUCACGAAAUGGAGCUGUUUGGCUAUAAUGUGCAGGUUAUGGUUGCGAACUGCCACCCUGUCUUGCUUCCAGGUGAAUGUUUUGUGAUGUCAUGGCAACCAGUCAGUUGAUGUAUAAUGGAGGAAGCAACACAGACAAGCUGUAAUAACAGAUGUGGCUUUUGUAUGUUGUGGUAAAAAGUGAAAUAAAUAAAAUACAUUAUUCAUA